AAUUUCAGGCUUGCGAGAUUGGAAUCCGGCGUCAAGGCUUUCCAUUCCAGCACGACUUCGCAUUUCCGCAUCCGUUUGGCGUCGCUGGUUUGCUCUCUCCUGUGCUUAGGCCGUAUCGCUUAGACCUAUUCACGCCUUCCCGUUACUAUGGCGUCCGUGCUGCUGCCGACGUCCGUGAAGCCUAAGAAGUAUGUGCUUCAUCUGGAGCCAAAUCUGGAAACCUUCAAGUUCAAGGGCAUCGUGACCGUCGAUCUAGACGUGGUCGAGCCGACGAACGAGAUUCGAUUCCACGCGCAGGAGCUGGAGUUGCACAAGGUGGAGCUGACAACGGGCGGCAAGCUCCUCACAGCGGGUGCGGAUGGCGUGCCGGCCGUUGAGCUGGACAAGGAGAGGCAGGAAGGAAGGUUCGUGUUGGCGGAGGGGCAGCAGCUGAGUGGCGGGCCUGCGAAGCUCAGGAUCGAGUACACCGGGAUUCACAACGACAACAUGGUCGGGUUCUACCGCGCAUCCUACAUGCGUGAUGGCCAGAAGCAGUGGAUGGUUACCACUCAGUUCGAGCCUGUAGGAGCGCGCCAAGCCCUGCCCUGCUGGGACGAGCCCGCAGCCAAAGCCACCUUCGAGGUGUCCCUGCGCGUGCCGGCCGGGUUGCAGGGCUUGUCCAAUAUGGACGAGGUUGGGCGGGAGAAGCAGGAGGACGGGUCGGAGGUGGUUCGGUUUGCUGAGAGCCCUGUUAUGAGCACGUAUCUGCUGGCGUUCGUGGUGGGGGAGGUGGAGUGCGUCUCGGACAAGACCAGCAACGGUACUCUGGUGAACAUCUACACGACGCCUGGGAGGAAGGAGCAGGGAAGGUUCGCCUUGUCCGUGGCGUGCAAGGUGAUCACGUUCUUUGAGGACUACUUCGGAAUCAAGUACCCGCUGCCCAAGGCGGACCUCAUUGCCAUCCCUGACUUCGCCAUGGGCGCCAUGGAGAACUGGGGCCUCAUCACCUUCAGGGAGACGGCUCUGCUGGUGGACGAGGGCAGUGCGCCUGCUGCCACCAAGCAGCGCGUGGCUUACGUCAUCUCCCACGAGCUCGCACACCAGUGGUUUGGUAACCUGGUAACCAUGCAGUGGUGGAACGACCUGUGGCUGAACGAGGGUUUCGCCACGUGGGUGGGGUGGCUGGGCGUCGACCACAUCUUCCCCGAGUGGGACGUGUGGACGCAGUUCGCCUGCAACGACAUGGACACGUGCCUGCACACCGAUGCACUCUUGGGCUCGCACCCUGUGGAAGUGCCCAUCAACGACCCCAAGGAGAUCGAGCAGGUGUUUGACGCGCUGAGCUACUCCAAGGGUGCCUGUGUCAUCCGGCAAUUGGAGGCCGCCAUUGGAGCCGAUGCUUUUAAGAAGGGCCUGCAUUCCUACCUGUCCAAGCACGCCUACGCCAACACCAUCACCCAGGACCUCUGGAACUCCCUAGCCGAGGCCUCGGGCAAGCCCGUCCGUGAGAUGAUGGCCAGCUGGACGGCCCAGAUGGGCUACCCGCUCCUCUCCAUCCUGCCCCCCAGCCCGGGCAAGCAGGGGGUCCGCCUCAGACAAACCCGGUUCCUCUCUAAGGGGGCGCCUAGUGAGGCUGAGGAUACUCAGCUGUGGUGGGUGCCUGUGACGGCCAUGGCUGGGCGCGUGGGGGGAGGGGAGAGCAGGAAGCUGGAGACGGUGGUGCUGGCAGAGAAGGAAGGGGAGGCGGAGGGGUUUGUGGUGCCGGAAGGGGAGGGGGGAUGGCUGCGGGUUAACGCAGGGCAGACAGGGAUAUUCCGGGUGAACUAUACGGAGGAGCAGUGGCAGGGGAUUUCCGCUGCUGUGGAGGCGCUCCAACUGCCCGUCAUUGACCGACUGGGCUCUAUCAUGGACGCCUUUGCUCUGGCCAAGGCGGGCAUCAUCAAGACAAGCCAGGCGCUGCAGCUAGCAUGGGCGUUCAAGAACGAGACAGAGUACACUGUAUGGGCGCAGAUGGCGGGGGACAUAAACGAGUUGGAGGUCCUCAUAGGCGCACUGCAGCAGAAGCCCCUUCUAGAGGCGGUGGGCAUGCAGCUGUUCACCCCCAUCGCUGACAAGCUGGGGUGGGAGCCCAAGGCGAGCGAGUCUCACCUGGACUCCAUGCUGCGGCCUCUGGUCCUGGGCAAGCUCGGCAGCUACCAGCACGCUCCAACCAUAGCCAAGUGCCAGGAGCUCUUCAAGCAGCUCACUGCCGACGUCUCUUCUGUGAACCCUGACCUGCGCCGUCUGGUCAUGUCCAUAGCUGUGAAGUACGGAGGCAAGGAGGAGAUGGAGGCCACUAAGAAGCUCUACGGGGAGGCUGCUUCUCCCGACUUCAAGAUUCACUGCCUCGUUGCGCUUUCUUCUGUGAAGAACCGAGACCUCUAUAAGGAGUUCCUCGCAUUUGCGCUCGAUGAAGCAGAAGUGAAGGCCCAGGACCAAUACAUUGUGUUUAUGACCAUGGCGGGUAAUGCUGACAACCGCGAGUACGCAUGGGAGUAUUUCAAGGAGCAUUUUGAUGCCAUCCACACACGCUUCGUCUUGGCUCCGGCUCUAUUCGCGCGCAUCCCAGCUCUCCCCCUCAAGGGCUUUGCCACUGAGGACAAGGCUCGUGAUGCGGAGGCAUUCUUUGCCGCCCAUCCGGUGCCGGCUGCAGCUAUGGAGCUGGACCGGACGCUGGAGACGAUCAGGGCUCGUGCUGCAUGGCUGACACGGGAUGGUGAUGACAUGGUGGCGUGGCUCAAAUCCAAGGCAUCGUAGACAGACGAGUAUUUGUGGCUAUGGAGCUCUAUCAGGCACAACCGGGGCUCCUGAUCCAUUGCAUCCCGACCAGGCCCUCAGAUUGGUUUUAGGGAUUCUGAUUGCUCAGGGUCGCCCGUGUGAGAGCCUAUGUUUUUCAGGGUUGGGUUGGAGGCAUGGCAUGUUUUGUCAGGCCUUUUUUUUUUUUGAAGUGACUAAUCAGGCCUGAGGAAAGUGGAUAUAUGGACCCUAACCCUCGUGAUGUAAUCCCUUGUCCCAGAGUUAAGACUGGUGACUAAAUGACAUGAUAUUAGAACCAUCCGGGG